UCGACUCCUGUCAUAAGUUUCGUUUUCCUUUCUUCAUAAAAGAAGGCGUGUUGUAUUUGGUUUAGGUCAGCUGUACAGUCCAUGAAUCAUUAUUAGCCCAGAUUCCUUUCGCGAUGGCAUCAAGAGAUUUAAUUAUCAGGGUCCUAUGUGAGAACCAGGGAUGUUUGGACUUCGAGCAGCUGCUAGAACUCUCGCAGAGUAAUUUCGGCUUUGAGGUGGCAGACCUGCGCUCGGUUCUUUUCAACGACGGCAUAAUAGCGAUUAAAGAAGGAAAACAGCCGAUCACCAGCGGUAACCCUAUCAGGCCUGAUAGUCUGGUAGUUGCUAAAACUAAUCUGAGGCUUUGUCAGAAAAAAGCUGGCGAGUGCACCCAGUGUGAUUCUUUACACCUGUGCAGGUAUCUGGUGUCUGGAAGCUGCACGUUCGGACAGAAGUGUAAAAAUCCACACAGUCUGUCUUCUCCACACAACAAUGGGCUUUUAAAGAGGCAUGGUCUUCAGAAUUUAACAGAGAAACAGUUGUUGCAGCUCUUACUGCAGAAUGAUCCUUUUCUGCUUCCUGAGGUAUGCCCACACUACAACAAAGGUAAUGGUCAGUUUGGCUCCUGCAAAUUCACCAGCACCUGCAAGAAGCUCCACAUCUGCCUGCACUUCUUGCAGGGAGACUGUAAGUUUGGCUCUUCGUGCAAGAGAACCCAUACUUUUGAUGAACAAGCACUGAAGCUUUUCCAAGGAUUCAAUGAGGAGAAUAUUAAAAACAUUUACAAGAUCUAUAGGAAUAAAUUCAUCAUCACUGGCCAACAAGAGAAGCCAACUGCUGCUCCAGUGUGUCCAGAGGUGAGAAUCAGCCCUCAGCAGCUUUCCCAUCAGCCUCCUCAAAAAAAACCUGGAUCUUCGGCUAAAUCUGCUGGUCCUUCAAAAUCAAUAACUGAUGCUGAGCGCAACGAAAUCUGUCUCUUCUUUAUUCGUAGACACUGCAGCUUCAAAGAGAAAUGUGGUCGUGUCCACUGGCACCUACCUUACAGAUGGCAGGUUUUGGACCAAGAUGGGUUGACCUGGAAGGACUUGGUCAACAUGGAGGAAGUCGAGAAAGCAUUCUGUGACCCAUCAUGUGAGACGAGCUGCAAAGAUCAGCCAGCACCCAUAUCAGGACUUUUUAAGUUUCUGACUUUUCAAAGCAUUGCAUCGAAAAGCGAGUCUUAUGUGGACUUUAAAACAAUGAAGUACGAAGGAUCUCCAGUUCGGCGGCUGUCCACUGCCUCCUCUGUCACCAAGCCCCCACAUUUCAUUUUAACAACAGAGUGGUUGUGGUACUGGAAGGAAAACAAUGGAAACUGGGUGGAGUAUGGACAGGGUUCAGAAGAUGCCUCAGUCACUUCUCAAACCCUGGAAAAUGUGUACCUGGCAGACAGUGAAGCAGAAAUCCCUUUCCAGGCUGGCAAACAAAAGUAUGUUUUCCACUUUAAAGGUGAAGCAGGAACCCAGCAAAUGUAUCAGCAGAAUUUACAAUACCAGACCAAGAGAGAGGUCCGAAGGAGGCCUCGCUUUGUGUCUGCUCAUGAUGUGGAGGAGAAGCUCAAGAGGGAAAAAUCAAACAUCUCCAGCUCCUCCAUUGUGGAAAAUGUUCCGUCCCACUGGGACAAGAGUGCACUGCCUGAUUUAGGAUACAAGCUCCUGCUUCUGUCCAAACCUGCAGCAGAUUACAAUAUGAUCGAGAUGUUGUUCAAGCUCACCAUGCCUAAUGGUUACAUCGAAAGCAUCCAGAGGAUUCAGAAUCCGUCCUUGUGGAAGGUCUUUCAAUGGCAAAAGGAGCAGAUGCAGAAGAGGAACGGGGGGAAACUUCCGGAUCAGCAGUACUUGUUCCACGGGACAGAUGAGACUCUGGUUGAUGCCAUAUGUGAGCAAAACUUUGACUGGAGGAUGUGUGGUGUCCAUGGAACAGCCUAUGGCAAAGGAAGCUACUUUGCCAAAGAUGCAUCCUACUCAGACAGAUAUUCCAGGGCUGGAGGAAGUCGAACAAAGACUAUGUUUGUUGCUCUGGUCCUGGUAGGUGAAUACACAACUGGGAGGAGCAGCUACGUUCGACCACCUCCAAAAGCGGGAAGCCAAGCUCUUUAUGACAGCUGUGUUAAUUCCACCAGCAACCCCAGCAUAUAUGUGAUUUUUGAAAAACAGCAGAUUUACCCAGAGUAUCUAAUCAAAUACAGAUAAGUCAAAACUAAUCGGCUUUCCUUUUCUCAAGAUUUUGGUUGAGGGAAUAAUCGCAGCAUAGGAUGCUUUAUAGAGUGGCUUUGAUUUUUUGAUUAAGGUUACAUGAACCUGUUGAAUAAUAGAAUUUUAAAUGCUUAGACUACCUGCUAUGGGAAGCUCUAGUAAUUAAUCUUUUUUUUCUCCUUCCAGCUCAAAGUUUAUCUCACUCUAUGUUUUCUGUAUCCUCUUACUCAUGGUCUAUUUAUUAACUUAAUGGGAGGCAGCAACAUGUGCAUAUUUGUGCAUAUACAAGAGUGAGUAAGUUUUGUGUCUCUGUUUAGUGAAUCAUCAAACUAGGUUAAAUGGGCUAAAAACUAAAGGGUGGCAGGGCCUGGCAGUCUGUCGCUCCAAAGCUGUGGAAAACUUUGUUUUGCUGACUCUGUGGACAAGUUAAAAAUAAGUUGAAUAUCUUUUUGUUUUAUCAGGCUUUCAUGUUACAUUUUUAAUGUAAAUCUUUUCAUUUGGUUUGUAUCACUUACAUAUAAUUUAAUUUUACCUAUGCUGUUCAGCACUUUGUGAUUCUAAGUCUGGGCACUAUAUGAAAAAUCUUGCUUACUUAUUAACUACUAACUAUGACAAAUUUCACAAAUGAAGCGAUCCAUUCUUACUAAACGUAUGUGUAGGAGGUUGCAUAGUACCCAUUCAUUACUAGCCUUUGCUAAAUGGGGCCCCUUAAUAAAACAAAAUGCAUAGAAAGUAUAGUCACUUCUUCAGGCACUUGUUUCACCACUGAAUAAUGGUAUUGAUGUGAGAUUUUAGGUCUCUGUGUAACUGUGUUUUCAUAAUUUAUGUGGCUAUAGACCAAGUUAGUAAAUGCUCUAAACAACUGCAUUGUUUUACCAUAAAGGUUUUGAAUUUCUUAGAAAUUUCAAAACAAAUUUUCUAAAAUUCAAUUCAAAUUAAUUUGUUUAUAUAGCAACAUAUCACAAGUCCAAAUCAUAUCCAAAAAUGUAUAGUCAUAUCAAGCCAAUAGCAAAAUCAUAUAGAUGUAUUUAAAGUUCAUUUACAUACUUUCCUCGUUAAACACAGUUAUAAAAUUAUAGCCACUAUGCCUAUAUGCUAAAAAUGUUAUACUGUCAGAUCAUCCUUAGUGAAAGCUUAAAUAAAGAAUUGUAAAAUAAAA